GUUUUGAAAGAUUGUUUACAUUCAUCUAGUAAAGUUGAAAUAGAUAUCGAACAUAUUAUGGCUAAUACCAGAAAUAAGCCAGAUCUGCAAUGUAUUGUGAAAGACACAAUUAAUGAAUUGUUUUCAAAUAAAGAAUUCGUAGACAGAAUAACUAAGUCGAUAACAAUGAAGGUGGAGCAAAAACUGGAACAGAUGGAGAAAAAAAUAACAACAUUGAAUGAAAUAUUGAAAUCUCAGGAGCGUUUUAUUGUGGAUUUGCAACAGGUUGAAAAAGAUAAUUCUGAAAAAAUUAAGAAAAUGGAAAUAUUCAAUGAUCGUUUACAACAAGAUCGAAGAAGAAAUAAUAUUUGUAUACACGGAGUCUCUGAAGAAUUUGAUGACUUGAAAAAUGGUGUUAUUCAAUUGAUCAAGUCCAACCUACAGAUUGAUUUGACUGCUGAGGAAAUGUUAUCGUGUUUCAGAGUUGGAAUAUCAUCCGGGGUCAACUCGAAACCAAAAACUACAAUCAUUAAAUUUGCGAAAAAUGAUAUGAAAAUAAAACUUAUGAAAAACAGUUACAAGCUGAAGGGAUCGAAGAUGUUCAUUACAGAAGAUCUAACCAUGUAUAGAAGAAAAUUACUUAUGGAAGCAAAGGAAAUGUUGGGAUUCAAGAACGUCUGGACUUCAAAUGGUAGUGUUUUUACCAAACUCAAGGGAAAAUAUAUAAGUAUAAAUGCAUCUACUGAUAUUGCGAUUUUGUUACAAGGGUGAUAUGUUUCAUA